AAAAACCGGAUGAAUUUGAAAUAAACACUAUUCGUUGACGUUUAUUAGACUUACGCAAAGUCGAUUUGUCAUACUUCUGUUUUAUGGAAAUAUAUAAAAAAAGAUCCCUACGAUCGCUAAAAUUAUCUUUUUAGGCUUAUUAAUAGUUGUUUUCUCAUUAUUUAAAGUGACAUAUGCUAUGGUGGAACAAGUUACAUUGUUAUUCUGUUGAUAUAAUCCAGGAUGGCUUCAUCUAACACCCUACAGAAAGCUAUCGAUCUCGUUACUAAAGCUACUGAGGAAGAUAAAAACAAGAAUUAUGAAGAAGCCUUACGACUCUAUGAGCAUGGUGUUGAAUAUUUUUUGCACGCAGUGAAAUACGAGGCACAGGGAGAAAGGGCCAAGGAGAGUAUAAGAGCAAAGUGUUUACAGUACUUGGACAGAGCUGAGAAACUUAAGGAAUAUCUGAAGAAAGAUCGUAAGAAAAAACCAGUGAAAGACGGUGAUUCCAACUCAAAGAGUGAAGACAAGAAGAGUGAUAGUGACAGUGACUCUGAUGAUCCAGAGAAGAAAAAAUUGCAAGGAAAGCUAGAAGGAGCAAUAGUGGUAGAAAAACCUCAUGUCAAAUGGAGCGAUGUUGCUGGACUUGAAGCAGCUAAGGAAGCCUUAAAAGAGGCUGUAAUCUUACCUAUAAAAUUUCCACAUCUGUUUACUGGUAAAAGAAUUCCUUGGAAGGGUAUUUUACUCUUUGGCCCCCCUGGUACUGGUAAAUCUUAUUUAGCUAAAGCUGUAGCUACAGAAGCAAAUAAUUCAACAUUCUUUUCUGUAUCAUCUUCUGAUCUUGUAUCAAAAUGGCUUGGUGAGUCUGAGAAGCUUGUAAAAAAUUUAUUUGAACUUGCUCGUCAACACAAACCAAGUAUAAUUUUCAUUGAUGAAAUUGACUCUUUGUGCUCAUCGCGUUCUGAUAACGAAUCUGAGUCUGCCAGGAGGAUUAAAACUGAGUUCCUUGUACAGAUGCAAGGUGUAGGAAAUGAUAUGGAUGGCAUUCUUGUGCUAGGAGCUACAAAUAUACCAUGGGUACUUGAUGCUGCCAUAAGGAGAAGAUUUGAGAAACGUAUCUACAUAGCUUUGCCUGAAGAGCAUGCUCGGUUGGAUAUGUUUAAAUUGCAUCUUGGUAAUACAAGACACCAGUUGAGUGAGACAGAUAUUAAAGUGUUGGCAGCAAAAACGGAUGGAUAUUCAGGAGCUGACAUAAGUAUUGUAGUACGAGAUGCAUUGAUGCAACCUGUGAGGAAAGUGCAGUCUGCAACACACUUUAAAAAGGUUACCGGGCCUAGUCCUACAGACCCAGAUGUCAUUGUUAAUGAUUUAUUGACUCCAUGUUCACCUGGCGAACCUGGUGCAAUGGAAAUGACUUGGAUGGACGUACCAAGUGAUAAACUUGGAGAGCCUCCUGUUACAAUGUCUGAUAUGCUUAGAUCUCUAGCCACAUCUAAACCUACAGUCAAUGAUGAUGACAUGGUAAAACUAAAGAAAUUUAUGGAAGAUUUUGGCCAAGAAGGUUAAAUUUAUCUGCCCCAUUUACCUCUUUUUGAAAAUGUCAUAGAAGUAUAGUGCCUAUAUUUUUGCGAGAGCUUAUUGUAAUUAUUCUGUUAUAUAAUGUAAUUAUGUUUUACCUGCUUUUCACAUAAUUAAUUACCAUACAGAGCACUUCAUUGAUAUUAGAUUAUAAAUGCUACUAGCUAAGUGAAAAGUUAUGGGAAUUAAUAAAAAAUUAAAUGUUUGUUGAUAAAGGAAAUAUUAUAAUUAUAAUACUUUAUUUGUAACAGAAAUAUACACAUGUUAUGUGAUGUCAAAUAUAAAAUAAAAUCUUACAUAAUAUUUCAUCACAAUUCCGUGUUGUAUGCAAAAAUAUAGUCUGGAUAAAUUGUAUGGAUUUGUCUUUUCAUUAAUUUAAAAGGACCCAACCUGCAUUGAAAUAUUUUUGAAACACUUGAAUGGCUUGUAAAUUAAUGUUGAAUAACAUAUAACUAGGCAGUAUUUUGUCACACUUCAACAGAAAGCACUGAAUUAUGUUACUUUCCAAUAUCAGAAAGUGACAAAACACUAACUAUAUUUAUGCUUAUGCCACAUUUAUUUGUUAGGCCAUAAGAGUCCAGUGCCAAAACUACCUCAAUGUGAGUUGGAUCAUUCUUGUUUAACUUCAUUUAACUUUAAUAUUAAUUACUAUAUUUUUUUAUAGAUUAUCUUCUUCAAAACAACAGGGUUUUGACAUUUAAUUUUAAAUAUUAUAAAAUUGAUUGUUUGAUUAAGUUAUAAACAUUUUAGUUAUGUAAAUAUGAGUAAAAUUAAAAUGCCUUUGUGAAAUUAAUUGGUAAAUUCAAAAAAUUCAAAUGUGAAUUUUCUGGACUAAUGUACAAGGCUACUUUGAAAGGCCAUUGGGUAUCCCUGUAUCCAGCACAAUGGACAACUUAUGUUUCACAACUUUAUCUGAGAUCAAUACUUCUAGAGAAGUAGCUGUACAACAUUGUCGUAAAAAACGUUUGAACAAUAUGAGUUUACAUUAAGGUUACAGGUGGGAUCACACAUAACUAUGCAACACGAAAAAGGUUAUGGUUCUAGAUAAUAUAAGAAUAAAAAUAAUUCAUACCUUCAAUCUGUAUCCCCUUUUCAAGUAGCCUUGUAUUUAGUUAUAUUAAUAUAUUAUAUAUUCACAUUAUGUAUUGUAUAUACACAGUGAUCUUUUUUUUCGUCGUACAAAUCCUUUAAUCUAUCUAAUCUCCAGUAACGAAGCAAUACUGAAAAUAAUUCAAGUCUACUACACAAGUGGUAAAAAAAAAAAGAAAAUGCAGGCUAAUCAAAUCAAGUACCUAUUCUAUUUUUUUUUCUGUUGCACGAAAUCACCGCGAUUGAUUGAAUAUAUUCGACUGCCAGUACACGCCUCUGAAUCUCGGUAUAGGAUGCUUUUUAUACUCAAAACAAUUAAUUAAAUUUUCUUACAUUUUUUUUAUUGAUGGAUAGUAGACAUUGAAAGGAGCAACUGUAUCACUGUUGUACGUGGAAGAAAAGUCACCGUGAAUAUAAUUAUUCUUGGUAAACACCAUUUUUAUGAUCGUUUCUCUGAUUUUUAACCCUUUUCCAUGUUAUUAUAAUGUAUCUCGGAGCAGGAAUAGUAUAUUGUGUUACAAACUAGAUAUACGUAAAAUGUAUUUUUCAUUUUGUAUUGUUACAUAAGUGGAUAAAAUAAAGUCUAAUUAACAGUA